AGAGCCUCAGCAACAUUUAAUCUGUUACUUCCUUUUACCGUUCUUUUUACAGCCACAGGAUGAGCGAGGUACCCGUUAACAACAAACCGUUGGGUGGAGCCCACAACGACGUUCGCCGCGACUCCGAAACCUAUGAAUACGACAAUGUCGGCCCCGGAGAACGCGACUGCGAUAAACCGACAGCUUCUGGCAUCGAAGAUGGCAAGAUGGAAAUCAAUGGCGAUGACAAAGCCCAUGACAGCGACUUGCGCACGAUACGUAAACUCCUGCAGAUAAUGAUUCCCUACGGCGGCAUGCUGUCGACUGGUUUCAACAUGGCCUCGACCUCCAUUGGUGCCGGCAUUCUCGGCUUGCCUGCUGCAUUUCACAGCGUUGGCAUCAUCAUGGCCACCGUGUACCUCGUGCUCAUCACUGCCGAGACCAUCUACUCGACGCGUCUCCUCGUGCAAGUCUCGGAGAGAACCGGCCUGCGUUCGUUUGAGGAGAUGGCGAGGCAGCUGCUGCAUCCGCGUGCGGACAUCGUGGUCGCCAUUCUCCGCGCCUUGCACACCAUCGGUUGUUCUGUUGCCUACGUUGUGACAAUCGGUGAUCUGCUGAGGCCCAUCCUCGCGUCUUUCGACUCCACUCCCGCAUUUCUUCGUGAGACGAAGGGAAUCCGUCUCCUGCAGUCAGGUUUCUGGCUCGUGUUCAUGCUUCCGCUUGUCUUUCAACGCCAGAUUAAUUCUCUCCGUUACGUCUCUGCGGUUGGCAUCCUCUUCAUUCUAUACUUUGCCGUUGUGGUUGUCGUGCACAGCGCGAUGAACGGCAUGAGCGCCAACCCGCGGCCGGCUGUGCGCCUCGUGAACACCGGCAACACCGCACUGGAGGGUCUUGGUGUUAUCAUCUUCUCUUACAUGUGCCAAAUCAACUGUGUGGAGGUGGCGCUCGAAAUGCGCCCGCGCAGCCUUCGACGCCUCACACUCUGCGCGUUCUUCAGCAUGACUAUCUGCGGCUUAUUGUACUUCGUUACUGGGCUCUUUGGUUAUCUGGACUUUGGUGAAGUCGAGGGCUCGAUCUUGCUGAAGUACAACCCGCUGGAGCAGCCGCAGAUCUUUGUGAGCUAUAUUGGCGUGUUCAUCAAGAUCUGCGCCUCGUUUGGGCUCCUCAACAAUGCCUGCCGCAGUGCCCUGUUCCCUCUAAUUGGGUGGGAUCCGUACACCGUUGCCUACUGGAAGUAUCUCAUCGGAGCCGUCCUGCUUGCGGUGCUGGAUCUCAUGCUGGGCCUGUUUGUGCCGAAUGUUACCAUGGUUUUGGGCUUCACCGGCGGCGUCUGUGGGGGAAGCGUGGGCUUUAUUCUUCCCGCGUUGUUCAUCAUGUACUCUGGAGGCUGGACGCUGCGCUCCGUCGGCAUCGUGAACUACACAUGCACGUACCUCGUGUUGUUUGCCGGUGUUGUCGGCGUGGUGUUUGGAACUGCCGCCACGAUCUACAGUGCGGUGGGCGGCUAAUGAUAUGAAGCGGGGCAGAAUCGAUAAGAUGAAAAACGAGAGAGUAAUAAUAAUAAUAACAAAUGAUUUAUAUGGUUUUAGUUACUCUGCAACAGUUGUUGCUGACGUAACGUUUCUAUUUUUUCUUUUUUUUCAUCUCUUUCUGUUUCCUUGUUAAAGACAAAGGUCUUUUUGUUCUCAAACCUGGAGGCUGCACAGCGCCUCACGGCACUCCGUUUUUAUUUCUGUUUUUUGCUUUUUGUAUUUUCACCGAUUGAACCUCAAAAUACCGUCAAACCCACUACCCUUUCAGCAAUAUCUUUCUACUUCCUUUAUCUCGUCUUGAGCAAAAAGGAUAGAAACCGACGUCUGAGGGUUGGUUGCCACAAUCGAUAAUGCGCUCAAAUGUCAGUAUUUAUCGAGCUGUGAAGUUGACAUGUGCUCUCCUUUUACAACAUUUUUUUUCUAUCAAAACUGAAACCAGAAAAACUAUUAUUUUAUUGUUUUCCCUUUUAAA